GCCUACGCGUUUAUAAAAAAUCAAAGAGAGCCACAGUUUCUUUGGCGAUUAAUUGAAGCUCUGUCUUUUUGUUCUUUCUCUCUGUUUCUCAAUUUCAAUUACUUUACAAAUUACAAGAUACCAUGAACUUGUUCCCAGUGUUUUAAUCUUCAAUUUCAGAAACAUUUCUGGGUUUUGACUGUUACUUGGAUUGGAGAUAUUUUCAUCUGUGUCUGAGGUCCAAUAAUCACGUUACUUGUAGCAUACUCUAAUUUGGAAAAACGUGGGUCUUGAGGGGUGACUUUGAAUUGUUCAAAAGGAUUUAAGAUAAAGCUCGGAUAUCUGUUGGUCGUGUAGUCCAAAUUCUUCAAAUUUAGCGAUUUGAUGGAUUGGAUGUAGAGAAUUUUCGAAUUCUUUGGCUAGUUCGGUACUAUUAGUUUUUAGAUGGUAAAUUAAGGUUGUUAAAGGAGGUUCUUUGUUGUAGUUUAAAUAUAGAAACAUGGGUUGCAUGAGUUCCAAGUCUGCGGCUGUUGAAGAUAGCCGUGAGAACCAUAAAGUGAGGCUGACGCGAAAAGGGUCUUUAGAUAAACUUGUUCCACGAGCUAAUUUAUCAAGAAGAGAGGAGGUCGUUCGAUCAAAUGGUAAAUACGAUGGUGGUGAUGUGAAAGUCUUGUUGAUCGAUAAGAAAACAAGUGGUUCCAAUCGUUUUUGUUAUAAUGAUCAGGUUGAGAAGCAGAGGAUCAUUGAUAAGUUUGAGGUGAUUGACAAAAAAAAUGUAGAAAACUGUGAGGUUACAAUUGCUGGUCAUCAUCCUGCUUCAGGAAGGGUGCUGAAUAGCAUAGAAGGAGAGCAGAUUGCAGCAGGGUGGCCUUCUUGGCUUGUUGCUGUGGCAGGUGAAGCUAUCAAGGGAUGGGUACCGCGACGGGCCAAUACCUUUGAGAAGUUGGAUAAAAUUGGCCAAGGAACUUAUAGUAGUGUGUAUAAGGCACGUGACAUCAUUCAUAAUAAACUCGUGGCUCUGAAAAAAGUGCGGUUUGAUAAUCAUGAUCCUGAGAGUGUGAAGUUUAUGGCAAGGGAGAUUAUUCUUUUACGAAGACUUGAUCAUCCAAAUGUUAUUAAACUGGAAGGCUUGAUCACAUCCCAAAUGUCAUGCAGCUUAUACCUUGUUUUCGAAUAUAUGGAACAUGAUCUUGUGGGACUUGCAUCACUUCCCGGGAUCAAGUUUUCAGAGCCUCAGAUUAAAUGCUACAUGCAGCAACUUCUAAGUGGACUUGAUCAUUGUCACAGCCAUGGUGUCCUUCAUCGUGACAUAAAGGGUUCAAAUCUUCUCAUUGACAGUAAUGGAAUCUUAAAGAUUGCAGAUUUUGGAUUAGCAUGCCAUUUUGAUCCUCAUGAUAGUGUUCCAAUGACCAGCCGUGUAGUGACACUUUGGUAUCGACCGCCUGAACUUUUGUUAGGAGCUUCUCAUUACGGGGUUUCAAUAGAUUUAUGGAGUGCUGGUUGCAUACUUGGGGAACUAUAUUCUGGCAAACCUAUUUUGCCCGGGAAAACAGAGGUUGAGCAAUUACAUAAGAUUUUUAAGCUAUGUGGCUCACCAUCAGAUGAAUACUGGAGAAGAGCAAAAUUACCUCAUUCAACAGUGUUCAAGCCUCUACACCCAUAUAAACGAUGUGUUGCUGAAACAUUUAAAGACUUUCCUUCUCCUGCUAUAAGUCUCAUGGAGACCUUGCUUUCAAUAGAUCCUGUUCAUCGAAGAACUGCAGCUUUUGCUCUGAAGAGUGAGUUCUUUACAACGCAACCUUUUGCAUGUGAUCCUUCAAGUUUACCCAAAUAUCCUCCCAGCAAGGAGAUUGAUGCUAAGUUGCGGGAUGAAGAAGCUAGAAGGCAAAGAGCAAUUGGGAGCAGGGGUUCAAGGGUUGACAUGGAAAGAAGGGGACAGAAAGAACCACUUGCAAUGCCAUCAUCCAAUUCUAAUACUGAGCUGGCCACAUCAAUGCAGAGAAGACAGCCUCAUCCUAAUUUGAAGAGCAGGAGUCAGAUGUUCAACUCUCGUAAAGCGGAUGGCUUUUCUGGUUUUUUGAUUGAUCCCCCUAAACAGACACCUGCUGCAAAAGAAGAAAGUAGAGAUGCCUUAGAGUACAAUAGAAAGAAAAUUUCACAUUCAGGUCCAUUGGUCCAUGGCACUGUAUCUGGGAAGUCUGGGAAGGAACAUGAUGAUCUUACUGUGGUCUCAUCCAGGGCUAACUUAUCGAAAAUUUCUGCUUUAGUAGCAACUAGAACUUUGGCUUCUGAAGAUCGCAGAGACGAACCUGGACCUUUGACUUUAGAAGCAGUAAACCAAGCUGGCAGGUCUCGCAGAUCCUUUAAUGAAUUAGAGUCUGCAGGAAAACAGGAUGUCAGACACCAUAUGCCAAAGACUGCAGAAUCCCCGCAGGCAGGAGGUGGAAGAGCCUGCAUUAAGGAAUCAAGUCUGCAUGGUCGUGGUCCGAGGGGAAACAAAAUUUAUGUCUCUGGUCCAUUACUUGCAUCUGACAAUGUUGAUCAGAUGCUUAAAGAGCAUGACCGUAAGAUCCAAGAAUUUGCUCGAAGAGCAAGACUCGACAAGACAAAAAUUGGGAAACUAAAAGCUCAAGGGAAGCAAGUGACAGAAAAUUCAUUGUAUGUCUCUGCUCGCGGAGCUGGAUAGAUGUUUUAUCCAUUUUUCUAUCCUCUGUUGAAGCUGGAAAAAUCAGCUAACCUGAUACCCAGAGAGAUAAUUAGUGUACAAGAUCUAUUAUGUAUGGUUAGUCCAUCAUUUAAUCUCUCCUUUGAUUUGAUAAGGUAUAAACGUGCCUUUAGUAGGAUAUAAUUCUCUGGCUUUCUAGUUGAUUAGUACUUCUUAUACAUCAAUAAUAGAAUCAAUUAGAAGCAUUACAAGAACCCAGAGUUUAACUUACUUAGUUCAUGUAAUCAGCAAGUCUGAAAUUUAAAUUUAAACACUUGCAACUCUUUUUAUCUCUAAGUUAUAAUUUUCAACAUAUCAAAAAUUAAAAGCAUUACAAUUUUGAAACUAUUCUUGUUAUAGUCU